AUGCUUCUCUUAAUGCUACUCCUCUUGGUGCUGUCUACCCAUGUUAGUGCAGAACCUCAUUUUACAUCUUGUCAAUAUGAUACAAUUUUUAUGAAUUAUACACUCAAUAGCCCAUUUGAAACAAACCUCAAACGCCUUCUUGAGACCCUAUCCUCCAACACUCAUCUAAAUGAGGGCUUUUAUAACACCUCAAUCGGAAAUGACAAUAACCAAGUCUACGGGCAAGCGCUUUGUAGAGGGGAUGUCACUCCCAGGGUUUGUCAGGAGUGUGUUGCGAAUGCAAGCCAAGAGAUCAUGAGGGAGUGCAGAAGUGUAGCUGCAUUUAUAUGGUACGAAUCAUGCCAAAUUCAGUACUCGUACCGCGAGUUCUUUUCCACCAUGAUUUACGCGGGAAAGUAUCCAGAUUCGAAUGAUCCGGAGAAGAAUGUGUCGGAGCCAGUUCAGUUCAAUGCAGCUGUGACGAGCCUGAUGAAAAGCCUUUCGAAUGAGGCUGCAUUUGGUGGUCCUUCUAAGCUCAUGUUUGCAACUGGAAACACCUUUUCAGGGACGAAAACAAUAUAUGGGCUGGUACAGUGUACGAGGGACAUCUCUCCCAGUGACUGCAGUAUUUGUUUGGAUUUUGCGUUGAAGGAUCUUGAUGCAUGUUGCAAUUCUCGUCAAGGUGGAACUGUUUUUAGCAGGAAUUGUAAUGUGAGGUUCGAGGUGUACCGCUUUUUUGAUGAGUCGACCCGCAAUGGGGAUAAAUGGAGGAUUUGGGUUUCUGUAGCAGUACCUCUUGUAUCAGCUAUUGUGCUAGCAGUAUUAAUCAGCUAUUCCGUGUCUCGUCGCAGACGGAGAAGGAAGACAACCCAAAAAGAUGAGGAAAAAAGCGAAAAUGCUUUGCUACAUGAUUUGGCAACCCGAAGAGGCGUUGCAAUUACACAUGAAGAUGACUUAGUUGGCUCUCAGGGAUUGCCCUUCAUGGACUUGGCCACAAUAAUAGCAGCUGCAGACAACUUUUCCGAUUCAAAUAAGCUUGGACAAGGUGGUUUUGGCAGCGUUUACAAGGGUGUGCUACCAAGUGGGAAAGAAAUAGCAGUUAAGAGGCUGUCAAGGAAAUCAUGGCAAGGAAUAAAGGAGUUCAAGAAUGAGGUCAUAUUGAUUGCUAAACUUCAACAUAGAAACCUCGUGAGACUCGUGGGAUGUGGCAUUGAGGGAGAAGAAAAGCUGCUUGUGUAUGAGUACAUGCCCAACAAAAGUCUUGAUAUCUUCUUAUUUGAUUCAACAAAACGCUCACAACUUGAUUGGGAAACGCGUCAUAAUAUUAUUUGUGGAAUUGCCCGAGGAAUUCUUUAUCUUCAUGAGGACUCCAGGCUAAAAAUUAUACAUAGGGACCUGAAGCCUAGCAAUGUUCUGUUGGACCAUGAAAUGGUUGCAAAGAUUUCGGAUUUUGGAAUGGCGAGGAUUUUCUGUGAAAACGAAAAUACAGCUAACACCAAAAGAAUUGUAGGAACAUAUGGAUACAUGGCUCCAGAGUAUGCAAUGGAGGGACUAUUUUCAGUGAAAUCUGAUGUCUUUAGUUUCGGAGUAAUCUUGCUUGAGAUCAUAACUGGGAGAAAGAAUAGUGGCUUUCAGAGAACCGGACAUGCUCAUACUCUUCUUGCAUACGCUUGGAGACUCUGGAAUGAAGAAAGAGAAUUGGAACUUAUAGAUCCCUUGUUGACUGAAUCAUGCCCCACGGAGGAAGUUGUAAGAUGCAUUCAUAUCGCGCUCUUAUGCGUUCAGGAAAAUCCAGCAGACAGGCCUACUAUGUCAUCUGUAGUUGUUCUUUUGGGAAGUGAAUCAAUAACACUUCCGGAACCAACACAACCUGCAUUUUCCGCAGGGAGAAUUCAAAUUGAGCAGCCUUCAUCAACAGAUCCUCCAGUAAAUCAGCUUAGCCUUUUUAGUACAUUGCCGCAGUAA